UCAACCUGUGGACAACCUCGCUGAAGUGAAACCGAAGAAAAUUGCAUCAUGUCCAAGUGGCUCAAAGCCUGAAGUCCUUGAAGUGCAACAGGAGAAACCACGCAUUUUAGGAAAUAAGCAUAAGGUCUCAUGGGGCAAAAAUUAUAUAACAAGUCAAAAGAACGCAAGGCCAAAAAAAUCAAAGUUGAGAAGGAUCAUGAUAUGCUUGAGAAUCCGCCGAGUUCUUUUUCUCUAUUAUGGGAUAAGUUUGGCAAAAAUUUUAAAGAAGUAAAUCAAAAUUCUGGUGUUAAUAAAAUGGCUGUUAAAGCAUGGAACUCCAUGAGUAAUGAAGAUAAACAACAUUAUUUGGAUAAAGCAGCUAAGCGCAAGGCAAAACAUGAGAAACUUAAGAAAAAAGGUACUAUGUUUAUCCCAAAUUUAAUUGAUUUUGUGUUAUUGAACUCAAUUUCUAAUAAUAUUCUUAUUGUAUGA